GCAUGUUUUCGCUUGCUAUGUUUUAGUUCACUUAAUAAUGGAAAGCAUGGCAACAUGUCGACUCUGCCUAGAGCAGUAUUCUCCGAAAAAUAGCAGCUUUUGCAUACUGAAUGAAGCAUUUCAAGCUGCAUUACAGCGGGUAUUUCCGUUCGAGGUUCACCCAGAACCUAAUUUUCCAUAUUAUGCGUGCGGCGUGUGUUCGGGAAAGAUUUUUAACUUCCACUCCUACGUCGGCUCAGUGGAGGAGAACCAACGUAAACUGCGUGAAGGGUUUCUGAUGCUUGCGAACGGUUCAGAAAGUGAUUGCACCACCGAAAACGACCUAAAAAUUCGAUCUGACUGUGUGCGGAUUAAGGAAAGCUCACCCCCACUCGCGAAUGACGGGCGGCUGGACGAGGUUAGCGUUGGUGGUGCAUGUGUGUCCAAGCUAGAAGAUGACACAGGGGAGAAAGAAAUGGCUACUAAGGUAGUUGGGUUCAUCGAUGACAUUGAGGUUGAAGAAUACAUUAUACAAGAACUGAUACCCGAGGAAAUCCCUAAUAUAAGGAAUUGUGAAGAAGAAUCGGUCGAACCUUGUGAAGCUGCGGAAGAUAUCGUCCCGGUUCGGUCCGUUUCCGAGCACAAUGAUGACGCAUGGAACGAUGCACAAAACGUGGCAAGCUACACUUGCAGUUGGUGUAAGCGAACGUUUGCCAAAAACAGUCACAUUUGUAUCUCGUACGAUUAUAGCGCUAAGAAAAAGUUGCACAAUUCUAGCUCUCGAUCCCGUGUACAAUCGAAUGGUAACAUGGGACACAAAGAAACUCCAAAUGCUAGCGAUCGGAGGGAGUGUGAAGCUCUUUGGUCAAAUGUUGCUGAAGAAGCUUCCGAAACCGGUUCCCGAUCUCCCGAACUACGCGGACCAAUGCUCGAUAGUGACGCAAGCAUGAGAUCCCGCAAAGCAGCGGCCAACGAAACGUCCUUUUCGUGCGAUCAAUGCGAACGUACUUUCGCCAGCAAAAAGCAGCGAAAUGACCAUCGGUACCAUCACACCCAGACACAGUGUCCGAUCUGUGCGAAACAGAUCAAACGCAAAUACUUGGCUUCGCACGUUGCCGCUCACGAGGGUGCAUUUCGCUGUGAGAUUUGCAUGCGCACCUACUCUACGCGCAAUCAUCUGCGCAGGCAUAAUGCUGUGAAACAUUACAUCCGCACCACAUUUCCAUGCGCGUUGUGCAAGUGCAGCUUUCCCAAUGCAAGUGCGCUGAUCAUACACCGGCAGAAGAUGCACCGAAUACAGAAGUGUUCGGGGUGCAAUAAAAUGAUAGGACCAGCUAAGAUGAAGGACUAUCUAGCUGCGCACGAAGGUGCGCACCGGUGUGGCAUGUGCGGUAGAACGUUUGCCUCUAAAAAAGGUUUGAAGAGGCACACCCAAAAAGCUAUACCUUGCAGUUGCCCUAUCUGCAAGCAAGUGCUAAGUCCCGGAAAGGCAAAAAAACAUCUGAAUGCACACAAAGAGCCGGUGCUGCGGUGUGAAACGUGCGGUAAAGUGCGGUUUACAGCCAAAGAAAGGUUGAAGCUGCACAUCCAGAAAGCGGUACAUUGCAAGGAUAUGGAUGGAAAUGAAGGCCCCACUGGCAAGAAAGGGCUGGCACUUGAAGCGACAACAACAGAUGCACACGUGGCCUCGUUCCGGUGCGAAACGUGCGGUAAAACGUUUAGCAAAGCGCAAGGUUUAAAGACGCACACCGAAAACGCUACACCGUGCAAGUGUCCCAUCUGCAAGAAAGUGCUCAGCUCGAAAAAGGCCAAAGAACAUAUGGAAGCACACAAUGGAGCGUUCCGGUGUGCGAAAUGCGGUAAAACGUUCGCCAGCAAAUGUAGCUGGGUGAACCAUAGUCAACGAGUUAAUGCUUGUAAACCUCAAUCAAAGGACUGCGCGAAUAAUGUAGGUGCGAUUUUGCAAUAA